AUGCUUUCAAUUGAUCCACGGUAGGCUACCAAAAUUGUACAUUCUAUUAGAGACUAACAAUCACACCAGAUGAAAAAAUAAUAAUGCUUGAGAUGUACAUUUGAGAAGGCCUAUGCAAGUCUGGCCAGACAUGACGUAGUGUGAGAUAGUAACUGGAACUGAUGCUGUCACCUUUCCAGUUGGAACACAGCUACAGGGGAUGUGUGAUGUCGGUUCAUUCCGAUGAGUUCAAGGUUCUUUAUGAUGAGUUCUAAGUGUUCCAUUGUAACAGGUCGGGGACAGUCAAUGUGGAGAAGUGGAGUCAAAGUGAGCUGUUUGAAUGGGACAUCAACAGGAUCAGCAGUGGCGGCGCCAGGAUUUUUUCACUGGGGUAGCUAUGGGGUAGCUUGUUCAUUGCAUAGGGGUGGAUUACAUGCAGACACGCGGUCACGCCAGUGAGGUAAGGGAGAAGGAUGUCGACCUCAAACACAACAUAUUGUCGAAUCUACACAUGUACUCAAUGUGUCAUUGAAAAUCAUGUCAGGGUUUGCAAGAAACCAACUCUUAACUCCCAAACAACAGCCCUCCAUUACUCCAAUGCCAAAACAGCUUGGGUUCAAUAUUUUACAGCUAGUAGCCUAAUGUUAUAGCUAUAGGAAACACAGUUAUCUGCAAAUCUUUAGCUACUAGCUAAAUCAUUUACCAAUUUGCAAAAAGUCAAGAGCAACAAUUUUGAAAUGAUAGGACUCGGGUCGGUACACAUUGCCUGUAAAAACAGAUCAAUGAUCAGAUACCCACACAUCCUGAUUUAAACUAAUUUCGCUUGCGAUUUAAAAGAUCUGACUCUGGAUCAGGGGAUAGCUACAGGCACAUUUUACAUAGUUCAAAGACAUGUCAAUCAGCAGGAUUUUUCAACCACUCAAAUUCAAGAGAUUCUGGCUGAGCCAAUGAGGAGGCACGGUGUUAUGUAGGUGGGACCCUUUGUGAGAACAGGAUUUUGAGACAGAAAUAUGGAGACUCGUUAUAUAUAUUGAAAUUAAAACAUUAUUACAUUUUUUCUUGGUGUUGCUAGGCCUAUUUUUGACAAUGCUUCAGCACCGUCUUGCCCCAGCCUAGAGCCGCCACUGAGGAUCAGGAAUUCCCGAAUGUCCAAGCCCUCUAGAAUACCAACCACAGCAUCACGGGUGAGUUGACUCUUGCUAACUCAAACUCUUUAAUGAGUAUGGAGGGGAAAGAGGAAAGAUAACAUCAAUGAUGUGUUUCUUCCUUUAGAGUGCCAAUGUCUCACGGGCAACCACUGCUAGGACCCAACACUCAUGAUUCUAAGACAGACACACUGCAGGACAGCCGGAGUCAGCUCAGAGCUGAUACCAGCCUAAAGAGCAUUGAUCUCAGGCGGUACAGGAAAUCAGUCCAUAUGAGGAACGGUGGUUUGAAGACUUUGAGACCUGUUGGCCCACAGAGACCAAGUAUAUUCCAGUGUACUGGCAUAACUCCAGGUAAAGUCACAUUGCUCAGUUUUAAAUGAAAGAACAGGAACAUUCUUCAGACUUUCUACUGUAACCAUUGAUACAAAAUGUAGUUGUUCAAGACUGUUUCACCUUUUGAUAUGUGAUGAUAUAAUCACAUCUCCCCCUCAGACCCCACGAGGAAUGUGCAAGAGAAAUACCACCAGGGUGACAACACAGCUCCUGUGUUCAGGCGCUUCUAUGAGGUGAUGCUUGAGGAGCCACAGAGGAGACGUCAAGACAGGCAAAGGCAAGCACUGACAUCUCUUUGA